CUUUGCCGUCCCGCGGCUCCUACGCCUCUCGACAGAAGUCAGAAAACCUGUUGGCUUUCGUUGGGAUUUGGCCACUCGACUGAACAAUGACGGAGUUCACGUCGAAAAAUAAUGGCAUUUGGGCAGAGGAGAGUCGGCGCAGCAGUCGCAGUAGCACCUCCUCUUCCGGCAGCAGCGCCGUGACUGAGCUGCCCAGUGUCAGAGCCUUGGCGUCUCGCUUCAAUGCCCUCGCCAGCCCCGAGAGCACCAUCAUCUCUGGCCCUGCCAGGCGACCGCUCUCCACCAGUGGUUUGCCAAGAACUUCCUCUCCGGCGACGGUUACUUCAAAGGAGGCUCCCGAUGUAGCCCAAACAACGUCAACAAAAACUGGCAAACCCCAAACUAACUCCACAAAAACAACCCCAACUGUGGUUGCAGUCACGGAAAAAAAACCGCCAUUAAAGCCGGAACCUGCCAACGACAAUGAUGAUGACGAGGUUUUCGUCCAAGCAACAGUCACGGAUCGCCCGGAGCCAGUCGAGAAUUUCAUUAAAAAAACGGAUUCGGCUUCGAGCAAAACCCGCGCUCCACCUUCGCGGACCCCGGACAAGAAAUGGAGCAGCUUGUCAGACAUCCAUUCGGCUCACGCGGAGCAAACAGUUCCGUGGCAAAGAACAAGUUCUACUCCAGUGAACAAGAGUUCGAGGAUCAUAUUUGGAGUUCCUCUUCGUAGUGUGGCAAAUAUUUCAUGGGGGGUCACCCAAGCUCGUAAGCCUACCGUAGAUGAAGAUGAAUCAUCCUCAAGCGAUGAAUCCACCCCUUCAUCUCCUGACGACAAAGGGGAAGCGGCGGUAACGAAUUUUGGCACAUUCCCGAGAAGCCGUCAUACUGAUAACAAUUUAGUAAAGAAAUCAGCAGCUGGUGGAGUGAAGGGUAAGAUCAGCCAAAAACUGAGCAACAAACAAGACGUAAAGUAUCAUAGUCACAGCGAUCUGACCAUGGCUGGAGACGAUGUCGGUACUACAUGGCGGCGCAAAAGCGUUUCCGAUGACCUAUACGUAGCUCCUCAUCAACCACUAACACGACGGCAGUCAAUAAGUGACUUGCUGAAACUCUACCGCACCAAAAGUCAAACUGACCUCAGUCAAACUGACCUCAGUCAAACUGGGGAUUUGAAGCAACCGACGAGUCCAAAUGCCGAUGCUUUUCAUCGACCCUCAGCACAAGUUUCAACCCCUUUGACGAUGUACGAUGUGAAAAUUACCCCAAUGCAAAAACCCAAUGUAUCACCGUAUAAGGCACCUGUAAAAGACAUCGUAAGAAUACCACCUGGGUCCAUUUCUUUCAAGGCUAAAACUUCAUCUUCAGUCUUCGCUACACCUUCAGGUCCAUUUGUGCCGUCCACUCCGUCGCCAUCUACAUCCGUUCCCCAGACCCCAAAAGAACCUUCAUCAUUAUCCUCAUCUAACGUCGCGGUCAACACUACCUCACGUACCACCGUGGAAACUACAUUGGACAAAACAGAAAGUCAGAGUUCCAGUUCAGAUUCAGAAGAUAAUGAGGAACCUAUUCGACCGAAAUUCACCUACCAACCUCCACCCAAGCAUUUCAACCGUCCAACAACCCAACAUCCUCCGAGCAUUGAUCGUCAUAAGCCCGCGAUCACUCAGAAAACGGGGCAGAAAUCAAAGGAUGAGGUCGGGAUUUCUUCCAUUAACAGUGCCUACCUUCCAGUUUCGUACCGCAAGCUUGAUGAACCUUCGCCAAAAAAACCAACCGCCAUUGCAAAUUUCAGACGAGUUUCUUCAUCAUCAUCAGAUCAUGAACAUGUUGUUGAUCCUCCUAGCAGCGAUGAGAACGAGAGCAAAGUAGCAGACAAAUAUGUCAGUCCUGUUCAGUCUCUUGUUCGCUCACUGAACCAGAAUAAAGAUAAGCCCUUGUAUCCCAACAAGCCCGAUAUUCUCAAGCCUAAACCACAAGAUCCCAUCUGGCUGGAAAAGAUUACUCCUCUGGAUCAAGUUGUCACGCAAUCGAAAGCGAAACCCGGAAAUCUUGUUGUGACAUUAGAGGCUAAACCAGGCACUGUGUCACUAAACGGCGGAAAGCAAAUUCUACACAAGAAACUUUCUAAAGAUUCUUCUGCAUCUUCCGAUGACGACGUUGAUGGUGUUCCACACGAUGAUAAAGGAGGUUCAUUCAUAGUUUCAAAACCUGCCACAUUGCCCAUCCCCAAAAAGCGUACUCAGUUAACCAAACCCUCAGUUCCCCCUCCCAAGGUACCUGUAGAUACAAAGGUGGAGACACCGAGAGUCGGGAAGUUAUCUGCCCGAGACUCAGUGGAUAGCUGGAUAAAGGAAGUCAACGAAAAGAUCAGCUCUGCUUCUGAAUCUUCCGACAGCGAAAGCGAAAAGCCAAGUGACAGAUCAGGCUACUAUAAUUUCAACACAGAUGGAUUAGGCGAGACGAAGAAAAGCGUAAUUCCAGUAACACGUGCGAUGGAAAAGCAAAAUUCAGAUAAGUCCGUUGUACUUAUCACGAAUAAAACUAUCGAAAGUGAUCCUCCAGUGUCUCAUGGAUCGAAUGAAACAGAUACUCAGACAGGUCAAAGCUCUCAAGUUUUUGAUGCUCAAGUGAAAGGCGAGAGUCUUCAUUCCGUUGUGUCCACUCGAAAAAUCGCUCAUGCGUUUGGAGGAAAACUUCAACGAUCGAGAGAAGGUGAAAAAGAUGGUGAUCUAAAAAACGCAAAAAAUAAAUCGACACCAGUUCAAAAUGACCUGCCACAUACUAAUGAAAAAGUGACCAGCAUAGUGAAAGAAAAUCCAAUAUUGGAGAAUUCCACUGAGAGAACGUCAAAAAUUCCCACGCUAAAGAAAGACACACCGGAUGGUGUAAAGACACAAGACAUCAAGGCUAAUUCUCAGAACAGCAAAGAUGGGCCAUCCAUAACUGCAUCGAGAAACAAAGCCCCGGAAAGUCCUUCGUCUCGAAAGGACAAAGCAGGCGGAGGAACUGAAUUCCAAGAAAAGCCAUCGAAAGGAUCAUUCGAGUCCCAGACCAAUAGCAGUGGCAGUAACAGUCCAGGCGAAUCCUUCAAAGAGAUCGAUCCCUACGCCAUUGGAAGGAUGAUUGUCCGAGGCGCCCGUAAGAACAACAGCGUCGUCAAGAAGCCGGAAAAUUUGACCAACAUUCGGAACGCUACGGUCCCAGCGAAUUCCCCGUUUUCUCCUUUGAAAUCGUAUUCAGGAAUGGAAACCACUUAUAAUUCCAAGGAUCCUGCAAUGAACAAAUUUCGACGAGCGAGCUCUUCCAGUGAUGAUCAGGACCUUAAAGGGUUUCGGGCCGGUAGAAUUGAUUCCUCCAGUGACGAGCAGAGUCCGCGAACUGGCAAACGAAAUAAAACAUCCGCUCGUCGCUCCAGCGCAUCGAGCGACGCCAAGACGUCCGAUGACGAAUUCAACAAGCGAAAAUCUAACGGUGUUUUUGAGGCAAAACUCGCAAAAACUGUGUGAAAAAUAAAGCAAACCGAAGCAUUUUUGUGAGGUGUCGGCAUUGAUAUCGAGGAUUGAGAUAAAUAUAUAUUUUUAAUGAUUUACGUCUUCACGCCUAUUACAUAGAAAAAAGUUUUACGGCGCAGGAUAACCGCAGUGGAAGAUUUAAUUUCGACUGCAUUCAAACGAUUAUUUACUAUAGAGAAAUAAACUUGAUUUGUUUACUAAUAUAAUUGAUUUUCUGUCACUUAUUAUGAAACUAUUGAAUGUGGUGUUUUUAGUGUAAACAUGAAUUUAGAGUUCGUAGAAUAGCUGAAAUGAAAUUAAAUAUUAGCCUGUAAAUAAUGGAGUAUUCGCAACUGGUAUUUUUGUCAGUGAAACUGUUUUCCCAUUUGUGUCUCAUUGGUAUAAAUUGUUCGCAAAUGCUCUGUUCAAAAUAUUUUUCACCCUUCCUAAUGUAUUGACGCCAUCAUUUUUCAAGUAUAGUUUGUGUAUUCAAUAAUUGUAGAUCCACGACAGAUACAUGGUUUGCGAAUUUAAUGAUUAUUGCUUCACUGCAAAUACUUAUUUUGUACAUUUGAUGAUUGUUGAUCCCCUGAUGAUACUUAUUUUGUAAAUUUAAUGAUUGUUGAUACUCUAAAGAAACAUAUUUUGUAUAUGAAAUGAUUGUUGGUCCGUUGAAGAUGGACAGUUUUUGCAUGCAGAGUUGGUUGGUUGACUCUUCUUACAAGUUCAAACAAUGUAAUAUAUUUCCUUGUUUGAAAGACAGUGUGAUACUUGGCUCUAUUCUAUGCUCAAAAUUAACUCUUUUUACUAGUCUAUUGUGUGCAUACAAGAAGGCAGUGAUGCUUGAUUUUACAUUAUUAAUAUAAUAACAAAACUUUAUCACAAGAAUUGCCAUAGAUGGUCACUAAAUGACAAUAAUGUAAUACAAUUGUAUCCAUUUGAAAACAACAUAGAUAAUGAGAUUUUCACCUUCACUUUUCUUAAUUUAGAGCUUAAUUGAGGAUAAAUUUCACGUUUCAACAUAAAGAAAUUUUUUGAAUUUAUGAUUCAUUUGAAAUCAUAUUAACUGAUAUUUGCUUUACUCGUUUGAACUACCGGUAGCUACCUGCAUCAUAGAAGCAAGAACUGGUUGAUAUAAAAGAAUAGAAAAGAAUACAUAUAUAUACAAGAACUGGUUGAUAUAAAGAAUACCUUCGGCUUAAUAAAUUCUAUAAACGACUGUUGUUUUCAAUUUAACAUUCAGCUUUGUGUGUGUGCUUGUACUAUAAAAAGUAAUAUAUUUAAACUGAGUUUAUUGAUA